UUCAUUAUUUGAUGCACUUUGAACAAUCGAAAUGCGUAAAGGUUAUUUUAUAAUCGUUGCAGGGUACGCUGCUGUUCAAGUUACCAGAUGGAGCAGCCCCCUUGGUGUAUUCUCUUCGCGGCAGCAGCCUUCCUCCUCAAGCUCUGGCUAAAAUUCACCGACGAUUCCCUGCGAAAACGAAAUACACGGAAUUGUUACCCGUUCACAAUUGGCUCCACAGACACCAAAGAUUCCAAUGCGAAAUCGAACCACUGAUGACUCACAACGCAAAAACGAAGAUUCCCCUUUAUUAUUUCACUGGCAACAACAGAAUCGACGUUCCAGCGAGGAGCCAACGAGACUAUCGCGCAGUGUUCUACUCCUACGCAGAAUCGCAUUUUUAUUUCAAAGCGACGUUCACGACCGAAGACAAGGAGUAUCAGUUCUACGAAGUCGAGUACGAAGUCACGGAACCGGAAGUGCUCGAAACUAUCAAAUUGACAACUUCGGUAAGGUCUCAGGUGUGUCACGCUUUGAAACUGGAGAAUCCUCUGGAAAGCUCCAUAAUGUACACGGCCAAGUGCGACGAUCCUUUCGUUUUCAUUCGUGAUAUGCCAAAGACUGUGCUUCCGUUAUCUCACGAAUUCGUCGAUGUGCAAUAUUACCCAAUGCUGCCAUCAGAGACUAUAGCCAUACUCGAAGUUAAUUGCCACGAACUCGGGCGUUUCCUAUACGAAUUACGUUUGAAAGCCUCACCAGCACUACCGGAAAAAGUGACGCGCGUGAGCGCAACUCUGGGAACCACCAGCACGUUUCCGCUUCCUGUGAAGAACUGCACCGAGCAGAGAACUGAAUUCACGAUACAAGUUGAUAACGACUGUUUCGCGAGUCCACGAAUCAUAGUGGUACCAGAAUUCCACGUUGGCAUGAUCGAGGUCGUUUACGAGCCAUGCGACGUCGAGACCGUCGCUGCUACCUUAACUGCAUCGUCGAAGAUUGCUGGAGACUUUGU